AAAUGUUUCUGAGGUGGGGGGUGCUUAGAGAGGGAGAAGGGGCAGGGCCCCUUUGCCUACGUCUAGGAGCCAGCCUAUGACGUUGGUUAAAGAGAAAGGAAAAGCAGCUGAGAUAGAUUGAGCCUGAGACAGAGACAGAGAGACGGAGAGAGCAGGAGGGAAGGCACAUUUUCAGCACGCAUGAAGACAAUCAUCUCCCUAGGCUGGAGCCAGCCACUUCUCAGAGUUUGCUGAACUGCUCUCCUCCUCUGCUGACCCGGAUUCUGAAGUCUCUCAGAGGCUGGGAAAUCCAUGGUAGUUGGCAUGAGGGUGGGCAUCAGGGUGCAGCUGAGGGCCCUUGGCAUUUGGGGGCUACUGAGCUGGUGUUUCUUCUGUGACUGGGCCUUGGCUGGUCCCCGAGACUCUCUCUCUCUACCUCUGCUGGCUUCCCAAGGCAAACUAGGAGCUGUGCUCACUUGGGCACCUCCAGAAGGGGCAGAGGCAGCUUUGGCUUUUCUCUACUCUGGGGAUGCCCAAAAACUGGCUGGUGCCAACUGCAGUGGGCGGUAUGAGGCACAAGGAGCUGGGGGCAGCGUGGGGCUCCCCCCAGUCCUGCAGGGAGCAGCAGGUACCCUGGCACAAGCAGCAAAUUUCCUCAACAUGCUGCUCCAGGCCAAUGACAUCCGGGAGUCCAGCGUGGAGGAGGACAUAGAGUGGUACCAGGCGCUGGUACGGAGCGUGGCGGAGGGUGACCCGAAGGCGUACCGGGCAUCCCUGACUUUCAAUCCGGCUCCCGGGGCUACUGUGUCUCAGCUGGCCCUUCGCGCCACCAGGAUAGGAGAGGAGACCCUCUUGCAGGAUUUAUCAAUGGCCCAAGUCCAGAAAGCAAGGUCAGCUGGUGUCGGGGUCACCUUGGGUCUAAAAAAGCGGGUGCUGAGCAAUGACCUGGGCAGCCUGGACAGCCCCAAAUGGCCGCGAGGGGAUGGAUAUGUAGGUGACACAAGUCACGUUCGCCUCUCACCCCCCUUUCUGGAGUGUCAGGGAGGUCGACUCCGACCCGGCUGGCUAAUCGAGCUCUCAACUACCUUCUAUGGACUCAAGCCCGAUCUUAGUCCUGAGGUCAGGGGUUUGGUGCAGAUGGAUGUGGAGCUUCAGAGUGUGGACAUCGAUCAGUGUGCCAGUGGCCCUGGCUGGUUCUCCAACACACACCAAUGUGACCUCAACAGUACCCAGUGUGUCUCCCUGGAGAAUCGUGGCUUCGUCCUUGGCCACUACCUCUGCCGCUGCCGACCAGGCUUCUAUGGGCCCAGUCUUUCCAUGGGGGCAGGUGACAGCAAUGCAGAGCCCACAGGACAGUACAGGGCUCUCCGAGGCAGCUCCAGUCAGCUGAUUCGGUGCCAGCCAUGCCCAGAAGGCUGUGCCAGCUGUGUGGAUGCCACACCGUGCCUGGUGGAGGAGACACAGGUGCUCAGAGCAGCUGUGUUGGUUUGCCAAGCCUGCUGCAUGUUGGCCGUCUUUCUCAGCAUGCUGAUUUCCUACCACUGCCGCAGGAGCAAGACCAUCAGAGCAUCUGGGGUCCUCUUACUGGAAACCAUCCUCUUUGGAUCUCUGUUGCUCUACUUCCCUGUGUUUAUUCUCUACUUCAAGCCAAGCAUAUUCCGAUGCAUUGUUCUUCGGUGGGUGAGACUGCUUGGCUUUGUCACGGUAUAUGGCACCAUCACCCUCAAGCUAUACAGAGUACUACAACUGUUUCUGUCUAGAACAGCCCAGCGGGGUCCCCACCUGAGCAGUAGCCGGCUGCUGCGGCGCCUUGGGCUUCUCCUGCUCCUGGUUCUGUGUUUCCUGGCAGCCUGGACAGUUGGCACGCUGGAAAGGGGACCCCAGCAUGCACCCCUGGUUAUUCGGGGUCACACAGCUGCUGGCCGUCACUUUUAUCUCUGCCACUAUGAUCGCUGGGACUACAUCAUGGUUGUGGCUGAGAUGCUCCUCCUCUGCUGGGGCAGUUUCCUCUGUUAUGCCACACGGGCAGUGCCCUCUGCCUUUCAUGAACCUCGCUACAUGGGUAUCGCUCUACACAAUGAGCUUCUGGUCUCUGCUGCCUUCCAUGCUGCCAGGUUUGCCUUGGUUCCCUCUUUACACCCAGACUGGACCCUACUUCUUUUCUUUAUCCACACCCAUGGCACAGUCACGAUGACCCUGGCUCUUCUCUUUAUCCCCAAGUUCCUGACCCCAGGGAUCCCUCCCCGGGAAGAGAUUGCAGCUGAGGUCUAUGAGGAUGAGUUGGACCUGCAAAGAUCAGGCUCCUGCCUCAACAGCAGCAUUGCUUCUGCCUGGAGUGAAUACAGCCUUGACCCUGGAGACAUUCGGGACGAACUAAAGAAGCUCUAUGCCCAAUUAGAGGUUCACAAGACCAAGAAGAUGGCGGUUAACAACCCACACCUUCCCAAGAAGAGGGGCAGCUCCCGCCGCGGACUGGGACGCUCCUUCAUGAGGUGCCUGGCUGAGUUCCCUGAGGCUGUGGCCCGCCGGGACCUCAGCUCUCCAGGCCGGGCUAGUUUUCCUCGUUCUUCUCGGCGACGGCUCCUCAGUUCUGGGGUCCAGACGCCUGAGAGACCAUCACCAACUCUGCGCAAAUCGCACAGCACCUAUGACCACCGGAGGGAGCAGGAGCCCCCUCUCCUCGAUUCCCUUCUCCGAAGGAAGCUGGCAAAGAAGGCUUCAAGGGGAGAAAGUCGGGACUCCAUGGUCGUGCCUCCCCCACUUGGCUUCCGGUCGGCCAGUGCCCACAACCUGGCGGUGGGAGAGAGGCUCCCCCGGGCCCAGCCUGCCCCUCUGCAGAAAUCGCUCAGUGUGGUGGCUGGCUCCAGGGAGAAGGCGUUGCUCUUGGCCAGCCAAGCCUACCUGGAAGCGAGCUAUAAGCUGGCCCUGGAGCGGGAGGAGAGGCGAAGGGCAGCAGGGAGCCCAGCCAGGAGGCCGUCAGCCAGGCGGCUGGAGCGGGCUCGGGGAGAUUCCCUGUCGCCUCCUCCAUCACCCGCCAAGAGUAGCAGUGUGGAUAGUUCCCACGGCUCUGGGAAGCUUCACGAGAUAGGCGGGAGGGGGCCACCCCCUUCCCCUAUGAAGCACCAGAUCUCCACACCUGUCCUAGCUUUAGGUGGGACAUGUUUAGGAGAUUCACAGACGCUCUCCCCGACUUCAACUUUGGCUCCAGCUCCAGUGCCAGCCCCAGCUCAAGAACCCAGCUUACUGACCUAUAUUUGCCCCUGGGAAAAUGCAGAGCUACCAGUCAGGGUGGAAAGUUCAACCCAGGAAUCUGCUCCUGCGACAGGUGGAGGGGACGGCCGUCUCCCAACCCGAGCUCGGUUCUUGAGAGCCCUGUCAGUGGCCGUGGCAGUGGAGAAGCGAGAAGCUGUGGAAAGUGAGGGGGCUGGAGCAGAGCAUUCAGAUGUUACUGAGACCGAUGAUGAAAGGCAUAGGAUCUUUCCCAAAUCCCAUAGCGUUAAGGCCCCCACUCAACAGGGUUCUAUGCGCAACUUGGGGUUGGCCAUCAAGGCUCUAACCAGGUCCCGGAGCAGCUACAAGGAGAAAGAAAACCGGGUAGGCAGCCCCGAAAGGGUAGGGAAGGGUAAGGCUCUUGAAGAGGGUGCUGGGUUAGCCACGAGAACUGUGAGGGCAGGCCGUCCUAAACCGGUGAGCAAACAAGCAGCUUUGGCCCCUUGUGAUGAUGAGGAAUCCAUCCAGAACCAGCAGAACAUACAUACCAGUAGAAUGCUAGCUGGCUGCCCCCAGGAAGAGAGCAAGGAAAAAGAGAGCAGGCCUAAGGGACCUUCCCACAGGCCUGAGAAAGCAAAGGAGUUUGUUACUGCAAGGCAGACUAUUCAGGAUCCUGUCAGCAAGGACAAAGAUGCUGAGAAAACUGAGAUGACCUCUGAGCAAGAAAGAGAACUGAGAGGGAGAUAUGGGGGAGUUAAAGCUUGUGCUCAGCUGUCUGGCAGCAGAGAUAGCAGAACAGUUGAAAUAUGUCCAUGGGAGACCACUGAGCUAGAAGCUGAGAAAGUAGAUAGCCCAAAGGCAGAGACCUCACUCCAGCACAUGAGUAAAGGAGCUUUUGAACAAGAGGAAAAGACAAAACUCUCUGAAAAAUCAGGACCCAAAGGAAUGAUAGUCACUGAUCAGAAAAAACCCGAGCAGCAGCUGUGGGAUCGAGAAGCAGUAUGUCCCUGGGAAAGCACAGACCUAGCAGGCCCCGCAUCCCAACCAGGUCCUCAGCACACUGACCAUCCCAAAGAUGGUCACCAGGUACUAGGCAGCAUAGGGAGAAGAACAGCAGAGAUAUGUCCGUGGGAAGUGACUGAGGUAGAUGCUCAAAAGCAAGAUGGCACCAAGGCAGAAAUUUGUCCUUGGGAGGCGAGUGAUGGAACAACAGAUAAAGAAAAAUUGUUACAGGAGGUAGGAAGGCAUUCCCUAGAAGAAAAACAAAAAGCAAUGCUUUGGAAAGACAAAAAGAAACUGGAUGAAGAAUGGAAAUCUCUCUGCCCAUGGGAGAGUACAGAUUUUAGGGGUCCCACAGCUAGUUCACCUCAAACCCCAAUGAUCUCAGAGUCCUCAGAGAGUGUGGGAAACAAGGUGGCUGAAGUGUGUCCAUGGGAAAUGGAAGAUGUGUCUGGCAGGAAAGCUGAGGUCUGUCCCUGGGAAAUGAUUAAAACAGUUGGAAAAGGGAUACUAGACGAAGAAGCACAUGAAGAAUUGCUACAAGAAAAGGGAAAAAUCUCUGGAAAAGAGAGCUAUAGAGAAGUUGAAGAGUCUACCUGGAAAGAAGCUGAGAAUCGGGAAAGGGAGGCAGUCUGUCCUUGGGAAAGCACAGAGCCUGAGAAUCUUUCCUUACAGUCAGAUCCCGCUAAAGUGCCUGACAUUUUGGGGAGCAGGACUGCAGAGGUAUGUCCAUGGGAAGUCCUUGAACCAAGCAUAAGUCAGACAGGGUCUGCCAAAGAGAAAAUCUAUCCCUUAGAGAUGAGUGCAGGUGCAACAGAGAAAAAAGCAUUGGAAAAAGAUAAAGAGAAAUGCCAAGAGAACAAGGGGCAAUCCAAAGAAUCAAAAGAAUUAGAUGAACUGAUCAAGACACAGGAAGCUGUCUGCCCCUGGGAGAUAUCUCCUCUCAAAACAGACCCUCAGAAAACAGACCAACCCACAGUCAGAUACCAGGUAUCAGGUAGUAUGGAGAGCAAGGCAACUGAGAUCUGUCCAUGGGAAGUGCAGACUAUACCUACUAAUGUGGUAGAUACAUCCUGGAAGCCUACAGAUGUAGGAAAAGAGAGAAGUGAUUUGGAAAUUGAGCUUGCCAAGAAUUCCCAUGGGGAUACAGAAAAAGGGUUCAGAAAAUCAGGAUCCAAAGAAGCAGUCACCCUUGCUCAGAAAAAGACAGAGAGGUUAAUCCCAGACAGGGAAGUCACUUGUUCCCAGGAGAGCUUGGACCCAGCAAACUCCUCUUUACAAACAGGCAGUCAAACCACUGGUCAAGUCAAAGCUGGUUUGCAGGUAUUAAGCACUGUGGGAAACAAAACAGCUGAUGUGUGUCCAUGGGAGAUGGAGGCAGAGUUGUCCAGUAGAAAGGCUGAGGUCUGUCCCUGGGAGGUAGGCAAAGAAACAACUGAGAAAAGGGAAUUAGGAGAAGAGAUGAUUGGGAAAUACAAGGAGGAUAAGGUGGAAACUUUAAGAAAGGGGAGCUCUGGAGAGCCAGGAGGUAAAACAAAGCAAGUAGUAAAACUGAGUCAAGAGCAGGAAUCUGUUUGUCCUUGGGAUAACAGCAUGCCCUUGAGGAGUCACUCGGCUCAAAGCCCAGUGACCUCCUGCUCAUCUGACAGUCAAGUAGCCAAAGUCUGUCCCUGGGAAGUAGAAGAUGCUUCCAACAAGAAAGCCGAGGUCUGUCCCUGGGAAGUGGAACAAGACACUUCCAACAAGAAAGCUGAGGUCUGCCCUUGGAAAGUGGAAGGGAAAUGGGAACAGGGUACAGAGGGAGAACACUUAAAGAAAGCUCAGGCAAAUCUUGAGAAAGAGGGAGUUGCAGAGACUCAACAUCAUACUUAUAGAGAAGGAAUGAAACCCAGUGGAGCCAGGGAAUCCACACGUCUGUACAAGGAUUCAGAUUCAGGGGGUCUGUGCUUCCAAGCAGAUUCUCAGGGCCCUGUAAGCUCCCAAUUACCUGGCAGUGUCAAGGUCAGGGUGACUCAGGUGUGUGCAUGGGAAGCUGUUGAGCCACAAAUUGAUGCACCAGAAAAUAACACUGCAGAAAUCUGUCCUUGGGAAGGGAGGGAGGGACCAACUGAGAAAGUGACUAAGAGACAGGGUCAAGGCAGAGAAGCUCAAGAGGAAAAAAGAAAACCCUCUAAAAAACCAGAUACCCCCGCUAUGCCUGUCACUAAACAUAAAAAACUAAUCCGACAGCAGGAGACAGUCUAUCUGUGGGAGAGCAUGGACCUGAGGGAUGCCCCCUCCCAACCAGAUUCUCAUGAUGCUGAGGGACCCAAAGCUGGGUCCCAGGUAUUAGCAGGCGAGGAAGGUGAGAAAGCAAAUUUUCUGUCCCUGAAGUCACUGUCAGUUCUUUUGAAGGUGAUGGAGGAUCCCAGAAUAUUCCAGAAGGAAAGCCUGAGACUGACCCAACCUCAGAGACUAGUAUCCAAGGUCAACCAUCUAGACUUUCAGUCCACAUACCUCUAG